AUGGAUAUAAAAACGGAAGUUCCAUCAGGAGCAAACUCGAACCUUGAGAUCCCAAUUUACAAACAUCCGUGAACCCUUCCUGUGAUUUUCACGUCCGAACCCUUGUUUACCUGCUCUUAGUUGAAAUCAGGUUAGAUAUGGAAAGAAGACCCUUCUCGAAAACCCGUUCUUGUCCGACAUCUCUGCCUAAGGAACCUCUCCUGAUCAGUGAGGAUUUCUUUGCAGGCCGUGAAACACUUCAUACAGCAACACCUUCAUCUCCUCAUAUUUUGAUCAUCGGUGGAGGAGUGACAGGCUUGACGACGGCAUGGCUGCUUUUAGAUCGCGGUUAUCGUGUCACGAUCGUGUCCAAAGAAUGGGCAACGUUCGGUUCUGAACAACGACUCACUUCCCAGAUUGCAGGUGCGCUCUGGGAAUUGCCUCCAGCCGGUUGCGGCCCCCAGGCAGUUCAGGAGAAACUUGAAAUGGUGCAAAAAUGGGCACUGGAAAGCCUGAAAAUCUACUGCAAAAUGACAGAGAGCGAAGAGCUCGCUGCAGCGUUCGGUAUAAAAGUGACCAUGUGCACUUCCUUCCACACAAACCGUAUCGUGGACGAUGUGGUGAAGUCCAAGAAGAUGGAACUUGUUUUGGGCAGCAAGCUGGAAGGAUUCCAUUGGGGAAUGGAAUUGCUGGACAAAUAUGGAGUGAACGUGAAUUCCCAUGGUGGCUUAAAGGACGCCUACGAGCAUAUGGCACCGAUUAUCGACACAGAUGUGGCGAUGUCCUUUUUGAUGAGGCUAGUCAAAAGCAAAGGAGCGCAAUUGCACACUGACACAAUCCAUGGCGAUCUACUCGACCAGGAACGACAUCUCUUACGAACCUAUCACGCCGACGCGAUUGUGAACGCAACAGGGGUUAUGGGAUCAGAGACGGCUUCCGACAACACAGUUUACCACCUCCGUGGUGCAGUACUGCGGGUCAUCAAUGACGGAACGGACUUCCCGCGGGUCAAUAAUGCUAUGCUUGUGUCUACGGAGAGCAGGGCGGAUGGGAAUUUCAAAGACAUGGCUUUUAUUGUACCUAGAAACGACAACAUCCUUAUCCUCGGGUCCAUUACACAGCCCAACCAAUGGCGGGUUGACUUAACACCUGAAUCCCGCGAUAUACAGGACAUGCGUAAACGGUGCGAGGACUUGCUUCCCGUUUUGAAAAAUGCACGACUGGAUCCAAAAUACCCGUUGGCGCAAGGAACUCGUCCAUAUCGAAUGAAAAAUGUUCGCGUGGAGCACGAAACGAGGAAAACAGGUAGUGGAAGGCCAAGCAAGGUUGUUCACGCAUAUGGACAUGGUGGCGCGGGGUGGUCUCUCGCAUUUGGCUCUGCAAGGCAAGUUGGACGGCUCGUAGACGGGGUUUUGAGAAAUAAGCAUACGGCGGAAAAUGAAAUUAUGGCGAGAUUGUGAUUGGUUCUUAGAAGGCUGUAACUAUGGAGUAGAAGUUAGUCGAAUCGGAGA